ACUGAUCUGAGAAGGAAGGGUUUUCCAUGUGGUGACAGAGGAUACAGGAAUUUGACCCAGGAGCAAGUGCACUAUGACCUUGCAUCUGCCUGCUGCAUUCUGAUUUCUCUGGGUGGAAUUUUGGGAAGAGUUUCUUCUCUUGCUGCUGUUUUUCUAAGGGGCCUGGGAGCCAUAAGGUGAAGGCUCCAGACCUGACUCCUCACCACUAGACAAGGGCAAGCCAUGAAGCAAGAGGAAGAUGCCGGCCCAGAGGCUGGCUUCUGUCUGGGUCCUGUCCUGCAGUCCUGGGGGCUGCAGUUGACGGAGCAGCACUCACAGUCCACCAUGCUUGCGGGGAUUGUAAUUGGAGCCCUCCUGGCCCUCGCCCUUGUUGGCAUCAUCAUCUUUUUUGUGUACCGGAGGGUUACCCGAUUCCGACAAGUACAGCCCACUCCUCAGUACAGAUUCCGAAAGAGAGACAAAGUGAUGUUUUACGGCAGGAAGAUCAUGAGGAAGGUGACCACGCUGCCCCACACUCUUGUGGGGAGCACCGCCGCCCCCAGGCAGCGGGCAAGGAAGAGGACCAAGGUGCUGUCUUUGGCCAAGAGGAUUUUGCGUUUCAAGAAGGAAUACCCAACCCUGCAGCCAAAGGAGCCACCACCCUCCCUGCUGGAGGCGGACCUCACGGAGUUUGACGUGAAGAAUUCUCACCUGCCAUCCGAAGUUUUGUACAUGCUGAAGAACGUGCGGGUCCUGGGCCACUUUGAGAAGCCGCUGUUCCUGGAACUUUGCAAACACAUGGUCUUUGUACAGCUGCUCGAAGGGGAACACGUCUUCCAGCCGGGAGAACCAGAUACCAGCAUCUAUGUGGUGCAGGACGGGCGCCUGGAAGUCUGUGUCCAGGAUGCGGAUGGUACCGAGGUGGCGGUCAAAGAGGUUCUGGCUGGAGACAGCGUCCAUAGUCUCCUCAGCAUCCUGGAUGUCAUCACCGGCCACACUGCUCCAUACAAAACUGUGUCCGCCCGUGCCGCCGUCCCUUCCACUGUCCUCCGGCUCCCCGCGGUGGCUUUUCAAGGAAUUUUUGAGAAGUAUCCCGAAACCCUGGUGAGGGUGGUGCAGAUCAUCAUGGUGCGGCUGCAGAGGGUCACCUUUCUGGCUCUGCACAACUACCUGGGCCUGACCACAGAGCUCUUCAACCCCGAGAGCCAGGCCAUCCCCCUGGUGUCUGUGGCCAGUGUGGCUGCUGCCAAGGCCAAGAGGCAGGUGUGCUGCGGCUCUGAGGAUCGUCUUGAGAGGCCCCUCCGGCCCCAGGAGUCCUGCGACCCAGAUGGAGGGGGAAGCCGCACAGCGGCCCCGGGGCCUCUGCUGAAGAGAAGCCAGUCCGUCCCGCUGCCUUCUGUUCAUGAGGAGAUCCUGGAUGAGCUUGGGAAGGCCCAGGCGGGUGACCAGCCCCCUUUUGCUCCAUCAGGGGGCACAGCAGGUGCAACCUCAGACCUGAGGAUGGCAUGUGACCGUGCCAGGGUCCUCCUCCAUGCAGAAGAACACCUUGGGAGCUCUGUGGCCAGCAAGUCCAAGAAGAACGUGACUGUUGCAGACACUCCCUCUGCGGUGUUCCACUACUCAGAGACCGACUCAGAUGAGACCGCCGCCAGCAGGAAGACAGACGCCAUCUUCAGAGCUGCCAAGAAGGACCUGCUCACCCUGAUGAAGCUGGAGGAUCCCUCGCUCUUGGACGGCCGGGUGACGCUUCUCCACGUUCCGGGGGGCACAGUGGUGUCGAGGCAGGGAGACCAGGACGUGAACAUCCUCUUCGUGGUCUCGGGGCUGCUGCACGUAUACCAGCAGAAGAUUGACAGUGAGGAGGACACCUGCCUGUUCGUGGUGCGCCCGGGGGAGAUGGUGGGCCAGCUGGCCGUGCUCACGGGAGAGCCCCUCAUCUUCACCAUCAAGGCCAACAGGGACUGCAGCUUUCUCUCCAUCUCCAAGGCAUACUUCUAUGAGAUCAUGCGGAAGCAGCCAGCCGUGGUCCUGGGUGUGGCGCACACCGUCGUCAAGCGGGUGUCAUCCUUCGUGCGGCAGAUCGACUUCGCGCUGGACUGGAUGGAGGUGGAGGCCGGGCGCGCGGUGUACAGGCAGGGCGACAGGUCAGACUGCACCUACAUCGUCCUCAGCGGCCGGCUGCGCUCUGUGAUCCGCAAGGAAGACGGCAAGAAGCGCCUGGCGGGGGAGUACGGCCGGGGAGACCUCAUUGGUGUGGUGGAGACGCUCACCCACCAGGCCAGGGCGACCACAGUGCACGCCGUUCGGGACUCAGAGCUGGCCAAGCUUCCGGCAGGAGCCCUGACAUGCAUCAAGCGCAGGUACCCACAGGUUGUGACUCGGCUGAUUCAUCUCUUGGGUGAGAAGAUUCUGGGCAGCCUUCAGCAGGGAACUGCUUCAGGCCUUUGUGCUGUCGCUGCGGUCUCCCCUACUCGUGUGCUUCCCAGAACUGCUGUGGAGGCAGGCUGGCUGCCGCUCUGUACUCUGUUCCGUUCUCAGAGCCUCUGCUGUGUGGUGCUGGCUGGGUCUGUGCGUAGGCCACUUGGAGGUCACCAGUUUGGGCUGCACACUUCAGGCGGCAAGUGGGACUCGGGGAACCCUGCCAGCAAUCUCUCCACGGUGGCGAUCAUGCCUGUGUCAGAGGAUGUGCCCCUCACCGCCUUUGCCUUGGAGCUCAAGCAUGCCCUCAGUGCCAUCGGCCCCGUCCUACUGCUGACCAGUGACAACAUCAAGCAGCGCCUUGGGUCUGCUGCUCUGGACAGCGUCCACGAGUACCGGCUGUCCAGCUGGCUGGGGCAGCAGGAAGACAUCCACCGGAUCGUGCUCUACCAGGCGGACAGCACGCUCACGCCGUGGACCCAGCGCUGCAUCCGGCAAGCUGACUGCAUCCUCAUAGUGGGCCUGGGGGAGCAGGAGCCCACUGUGGGCGAGCUGGAGCAGAUGCUGGAGAGCACGGCCAUGCGUGCCCAGAAGCAGCUGGUCCUGCUGCACCGGGAGGAAGGGCCGGCACCGUCCCGCACCGUGGAGUGGCUGAACAUGCGCAGCUGGUGCUCCGGCCACCUGCACCUGUGCUGUCCGCGCCGCGUCUUCUCCCGGAGGAGCCUGCCCAAGCUGGUGGAGAUGUACCAGCGAGUGUUCCAGAAGCCCCCAGAUCGGCACUCAGACUUCUCCCGCCUGGCUCGGGUGCUGACCGGCAACGCCAUCGCCCUGGUGCUUGGGGGCGGGGGAGCGAGAGGCUGUGCCCAGGUCGGCAUCAUCCGGGCCCUGAUGGAGUGUGGCAUCCCAGUGGACAUGGUUGGAGGGACGUCCAUCGGGGCCUUCAUGGGCGCCCUGUACUCCGAGGAGCGGAACUACAGCCAGAUACGGAUCCGGGCCAAGCAGUGGGCUGAGGACGUGACGUCGACGGUGAAGACCGUGCUGGACCUGACCUACCCGGUCACCUCCAUGUUCUCGGGGGCCGGCUUUAACAGCAGCAUCUGUAGCGUCUUCAAGGACCGACAGAUCGAGGACCUGUGGAUCCCAUACUUCACCGUCACCACAGACAUCACAGCCUCUGCUAUGCGGGUCCACACGGAUGGCUCCCUCUGGAGGUACGUGCGUGCCAGCAUGUCUCUGUCCGGCUACAUGCCUCCCCUCUGUGACCCCAAAGACGGGCACUUGCUGAUGGACGGGGGCUACAUCAACAACCUCCCAGCGGAUGUGGCCAGGUCUAUGGGGGCAAAGGUGGUGAUUGCCAUUGACGUGGGCAGCCAGGAUGAGACGGACCUCACCAACUAUGGCGAUGCGCUGUCUGGGUGGUGGCUGCUGUGGAAGCGCUGGAACCCCUUGGCCACAAAAGUCAAGGUGCUGAACAUGGCAGAGAUCCAGACGCGCCUGGCAUAUGUGUGCUGCGUCCGGCAGCUGGAGAUGGUGAAGAACAGCGAGUACUGUGAGUACCUGCGCCCCCCCAUCGACAGCUACGGCACUCUGGACUUCGGCAAGUUCAACGAGAUCUGCGAAGUGGGGUACCAGCAUGGGCGGACCGUGUUUGACAUCUGGCGUCGGAGUGGUGUGCUGGAAAAGCUGCUACAGGACCGGCAGGGGACAAGCAAGAUGACGGCGUGUGGCGUCCUCACCUGCCCCAAUGCCUCCUUCACGGACCUUGCUGAAAUCGUGUCCCGCAUUGAGCCCGCCAAAGUAGCCAUGGUGGACGAUGAGUCUGACUACCAGACCGAGUAUGAGGAGGAGCUGCCAGAUGGCCCCAAGGACAUGUACGCUGACUUCCAGAGUGCCCCGGCCCACUUGGGCUCUGACUCGGAAGACGAACCCUCACUUCGGCAUCGGCAACCCAGUCUGGCUUCCCAAAACUGCCCCAGGACAGCAGCUGCUGCUGACACACUUGCGAAGAUGGGUGGAGCUCUCCCCUCCGAGGCACCCUAGAGUCAGCCUCUGCUGUGGGCCUGUCUCAGAGACUGUGGCUCCUACAGCUCCUCGGGUCUUCGCCACCCGGCUGGGGCCCAGGGCCCAGCUCCUCCUGUGCUGGACCCAAGCUGUGUGUGUUUGGGCAGGGGUGGGGGCAGGGAGGGGGGCAGGGAGCUGUCUCUGGAUGCUCUGCACUGUCAGCUGCUGGUGGAGCACUCAGGCCUGGCACCCCUGCACACAAGCAGUCCUUGGGGCGCCCCGAGGCCUCUCAGAGAUGUUGGAGCCCCUGAAGCAUCCGCUUGAUGUGUCAAUAAAGUAGAUCUGAUUGCUCACGGA